AUGGAUGCAUAUACAACAGAAGUCUGCAACGAGGUGAUGGACUCUAUGGAGUAUACACCGGGUAUGUCACUCGAUGAUAUGGUUACCAAUGCCCCAUGCUUGGGCAAUAUGAAAUGUACCGAUGCUUUAGUUCGAUGUCUAGAGGCAGAGGGAGUUAAAUAUAUAUUUGGUAUCCCUGGUGAGGAGAAUCUAGAUUUCCUAGAGUCGAUUCGUGUGGCUGAACAAGAGGGUCGGAUCAAGCUCAUCCUCACGAGACACGAGCAAGCAGCUGGUUUUAUGGCAGCUACUGUUGGCCGGCUUACUGGUCAGCCUGGCGUCUGCUUGUCGACACUAGGACCUGGUGCUACUAAUUUCUCAACUGCUGUUGCAUAUGCUAAGCUUGGUGGUAUGCCUAUGUUGGUCCUAACUGGACAGAAGCCAAUCAGGCAUUCCAAACAGGGACAGUUCCAAAUCGUGGAUAUUGUUGAUCAUUUCCGACCUAUAACCAAAUCGACAAACCAGGUCCCCGAUGCAGAUGCUAUUCCCUCGCUUAUUCGAGAGUCUGUCCGGGAGGCAUUGGAGGAGAAGCCUGGUCCAGUUCAUAUUGAACUUCCUGAGGAUAUUGCCGGGCAUACCCUGGGUCCCAAUGAGUACCUUUUCCCAAUUGGGGAAGUACGUCGACCAGUCCCUGAUGCAAAGGCCAUUGCUAAAGCAGUCGCUCUCAUCCAUGCUGCCAAGCGGCCCCUCCUCUGCAUCGGCUCAGGAUGUAAUCGUAAGCAGACCAGUAAGAUGCUACGUAGGAUCAUCGACGAGACGGGUAUCUAUGCUGUGAGCACACAGAUGGGCAAGGGUGUUGUUGAUGAGACUAGUCCUCACUUCCUCGGUGCUUUGGCCCUUUCCCAAAACGAUUGGGUUCAUACUGCGGUCGACUGGGCCGAUCUCAUCGUUAAUAUUGGACACGACUCUGUUGAAAAGCCACCAUUCUUCAUGAAGCAUAACAAUAAGCCUAUUGUCAUUCAUGUUAACUUUUAUCCAGCUGUAGUCGAUGAAGUGUAUUUCCCUCAUCAUGAGGUUGUUGGGGAUAUUGGCAAUGCGGUAUGGCAAAUAACCGAGACUUUGAAGAGUAUGCCGAAGCCUCAUUGGGACUUUGCUGUAUUCGAGAAGAUACGUGAAGUGGCACAGAGACGGAUGCAUCAUUCUAUCUAUACCACUUCAGAUGCCUUCCCUAUGGACAUUCGUAGAGUCGUUAAAGACAUACGUAACUGCAUGCCAGAGAAGAGCGUUGUAUGCCUCGACAAUGGUAUGUAUAAGAUAUGGUUUGCUAGGCUGUAUGAGGCCCGGGAGCCUAACACCCUCCUCCUCGAUAAUGCACUUGCCAGUAUGGGAGCUGGUCUCCCCUCGGCUCUGGCCGCCAAGAUGGUCCGACCCGAUCAUAAGGUUGUGGCUGUCUCUGGUGAUGGUGGAUUCAUGAUGAACUCUCAAGAGUUGGAGACUGCAGUUACACUUGGUCUUGACGUCAUUCAGAUCGUUCUCAAUGAUAAUGCCUUUGGUAUGAUUGAAUGGAAACAGAGUGCCUCCAGAAUGCCCAAAUGGGGUCUACAGUUGAAUAAUGUCGACUUCGUCAAAUAUGCCGAGGCAUAUGGUGCUAAGGGUUAUCGUGUCACCAGAGCUGAUGAGCUUACUGUAAUCCUCAAUAAGUGCCUUGACGAGCAUGGUGUCCAUCUCAUUGAAGUUCCUGUGAACUACGAGGCCAGUAACCGUACUCUCAACGUUGAUGUCCCUGACCAUGUUAGGGAACUGAGAGAGAUUCUCAACAAGGAGUUCGAGUACUAAGUGCUGGCUGUCCUAGUCAAGUUGUUGUUACCAAGAGAAGGGCGAAUUUUUUCGGUUUCAUCCUUCGAUACUACUACUGUUCUUACCAUUAAUACGACCAUACUUACUGUUACUAUUACCAGUGAUAAAGAAUGCGGUAUGCUAUAUGCUAGCAACUAUAAUUGAAGCAUUAUGGUCUUCAAGGGUCUUUCAUAUCGGCUGUCCAGCUCAAUUGGGUAUAUUAACAGCAUGUCUUUCGCAAGCUCUUACAGCAGCGUUCCACUUUCUGACCUUUGCCGCCGCCGUCGCAUGUUGUUACUCGGGGUACUGUUGUUUGCUGUUAAGCCGACUGGAGCUAUGUCCUACAUCGGAUAGUAAUCCCUCUGGUUGGCAACACCUGUUGUACUCUACUACGGCAUUA